UUUCAACAUAGGUACUGAUACUGUUACUGAGAUACUCGAUCGCGUACUCGUACUGCCAAAAAAAAGUCGAAAGUGGUUCAUAAAAAAUUCGUGCGUUCGCAACACGAUCCGACAAUGCGAGCUUUCUGGUUAACGCUCUCAAUCCAAGUUGCUUUGUGCUAUUGCCAUUACAGUUAUGAGCCAGAUCCAACAUGGAAUAUUCGCUCCACAAACGAGCUGAAGGAUAAAAACUUUUGGUUUCAUGAUGCUCAACGCACACUUUUCGAAAAGCUUUCAAUGACGCCAAAUCAAUAUUUGGCCAAGAAUGUAAUCUUCUUUCUGGGCGAUGGUAUGUCGGUGCCGACAGUUACAGCAAGUCGCAUUUAUGACGGACAGUUGAAGGGUAAAAUAGGGGAACGCAAUCAACUGGAAUUUGAAAAGUUUGACUACGUGGGAUUAUCAAAGACCUAUUGCGUCAACAAACAGGUAGCAGACUCUGCCUGUACAGCGUCUGCCUAUUUGUCUGGUAUAAAGGCCAAUUACCUGACAAUCGGUGUAUCCGCCGAUGUGCAACUGAAUGACUGUGCUGGCGCCAAAUUGCCACAAAAUCGGUUAUCCUCCUUGGCAGCAUGGGCACAACGUGGUCACAAAUCAGCCGGACUUGUGACCACAACCCGUGUCACCCACGCAAGUCCAGCUGGUGUCUAUGCACAUACCUCGAAUCGCGACUUUGAGAGUGAUUACGAUGUCCAAGAGCUGGGAAAGAAUCCAAGUGAUUGCCCUGACAUAGCGCAGCAAUUAUUGGAAGAUGUGGGCAAAGAUUUAAAGGUCGUUCUGGGUGGAGGCACCAAGAAAUUCCUGCCCAAUACAAUGACAGACGUUUAUGGCAAUAAAGGCGAACGUCUGGAUGGACGCAAUCUGAUAAAUGAGUGGCAAAAGAGCAAAAAAGGCAAUGCACGUGUGGUCUUCAAUCGCACCGAUCUGCUGAAGACUAAUCUUCGCAAUACUGAUCACUUACUUGGACUGUUUAAUGCCACGCACAUGGCAUAUCAUUUGGAUGAUAGUGUAGAUACUCCCACACUCUCGGAGAUGACCGAAGCUGCUAUUGGAGUACUCUCAUCGAAUCCAGAGGGUUACUUUCUGUUUGUCGAAGGCGGACGCAUUGAUCACGCUCAUCACGAGACGAAAGCUAAGAAGGCAUUGGAUGAAACAGUCCAAUUCUCAAAUGCCGUUAGAAAAGCGCGUCAGCUAACGAAUCCUUGGGAGACUCUUAUUGUUGUCAGCGCGGAUCACGGACACACCAUGACUAUUAACGGCUACCCAGACAUAGAUAAUAGUAUUACCGGACUAAACUCUGAAUUAAGCGAUGUUGACAAAUUACCCUACGCCACCUUAUCAUAUGCCAAUGGACCGAACUACAAAAGGUUUUAUACUACAUUGGCCAAUGGUACAAUUGAGCGGGUUGAUCUCAGAAAUCUCAACAUUGGCGAUAAGGACGAAAUUUAUCCCCAUGCCGUGCCGAUGUCCGAGGAGACCCAUGGAGGUGGUGAUGUGGCUGUCUAUGCCAAUGGACCUUGGGCGCAUUUGUUCAGCGGCGUUUACGAGCAAAACACAAUACCUCAUCUAAUGGCCUAUGCAUCGUGCAUUGGCCCAGGAAUAAAAGCCUGCGAUCUCAGGCCUAAGACGUUUAGUCCCUACAAUCCCUAUAAUCCGUACAAUGCCUAAGACAUAUAUUUAAUUGCUAAUGCUACACAUGUUGUAUAAUGUCUAUUGCUUAUAUGGUGUAAUAAUUAUCGAAGCAACAUGACGUUUGAUUUAAUUAUUAGCUGAAUAAAAUUAUAAUUUAAAUACAA